ACUAUUCACUUUCCAAGGUCCAGUGCCUUGAGUUAUAAGUGGGUCUUUGAUGAGUGUUUAUGAAUUCAACUUCACUGAAAUACUGCUUCCCCACACAAUCCAAAACACUGAUCGAGAGAGAGAGAGAUGAGUAGUAGCAGCAGCAGCAUCGCACCUGAAGAAGGAGAUGCGGUGCGUGUGAAUGUGAGCCGACUGCCUGGGUUCAGAUUCUGCCCCAGUGAUGAGUUGCUGGUCAGCUACUACCUGAAGAACAAGAUAGAGGGCACGGACUCCCAUUUCCGCCACGUCAUCCCUGAAAUCGAUGUCUGGAAGUUCGAGCCCUGCGAUAUUCCUGCAUUCUUCCCAGAAGUUCAUGAGAAGGAGUGGUUCUUCUUCACCCGGCCCAAAUACAAGGACACCAACAGCACUCGCCGCGACCGGCUCACGCAUAAAGGCUAUUACAAGAUCACAGGAGAUGAGCGGGUCAUCAGGGCUGAAGAAUCCAAAGCUGUGAUUGGGAAGAAGAUUAUUCUGACCUUCCACGAAGGUCGUGCACCAAAAGCAAAGAAGUCCGAUUGGGUAAUCCAUGAGUAUUAUUGUACAAAAACUGAGGUGGGUUCUAAACCCACCAAGCAGAUGGACUUAGUCCUCUGCCGCCUGAAGAACAGGUCACCUAGUUAUAAGAAGCCGAAGGGUGAUCCAACCCGCGGCGAAUCACCUGAUUCAGGUGCAAACCCGGAAGAUGAUCAAGCUGCUGCAAGUGAUGUGAUUGCCGGGCCAGUGGAACAUCUGGGAUGCAAAGAGAUAGGAGAUGUUAAUAGCUCCGAGUCUCAAGACGGUUCUUGUCCUAUAAACUGGAAAGACAUUUUGACCUUUGUUUAUGGUGAUGAUGAAACUGGUGGCUGGAAAGUCUCGGAUGUUGAUGAUCCAGCUGCAUCUGAUAUGUUCGAAGAGUUCUGUUCUGCGUUGGAAGAGAUUCCGAAUUCAACCUCUCAGCUGCCACAACCGCCGCAGCUGCUGCAGGCACCAGAACCACAUCAGCCACCGCAUCCACAUCAAACACAGGAUUACUGCCCCUCCACACAUCAGCCACCUGAGUAUAUUAUUUCAACCAAUGAUCCCAAUGAACCAGUUAGCAAACCUAAUGGUGUUCAAGAUCUAGCUACAGAUGAAAUCAUUCCAGAGGAUUGUUUUCAUCCAGAUGAAUUUAUGGGUCUGCUGUUUGAUCCGUCACAAGAUUACUUGCUGCCGUCACCAAUGAACAUGGAACUGGGAGAUGGUGUGCAUCCCAAUAACUGUAUUGGGUGCACUGAUUAGUUGCGAUCUCUAGAUAUAUGGAGAUUUAAACACUUUUCCCAUUAGGUUCUUGAUUUAUCAUGGUUGACCGGGUUAGUAAUUAGUAUCCUGGUAAGAAACAACAUACCCUACUUUUAGUGACUCUAAUCUACCAAGAGUCACAAGCACGAGUCUAAGAUAGCAACAGUAACAUAGAUUUAAUUAUCAAACACAGCAAUAUGGGCCUUGUAAACCCCAAGAACUCUAGCAAGAGUACACCCUUAUCUGCAUUUCAGGAACUGUAGGCAUUAGAAACUUCUUUUCCUAGUUCUGGUGGAUAUGUCCAGGACAACCGAUGUAGGUUACCUAAGCCUAUUCUUGUCCUUCUUGGACGUUUUUAAGCAUUCCCUAGUUCAAAUUAACAGCAGCAAAACCAGUAUUUGAGAUUUCAACUGGAAAUCUCUCCUACAAGGAGUCCAGAUGAAGCAAAGAUGUCUCUCAGAAGCAGUUGUUUGGAGACCGCGACUCUCCUGUCAACAGAACUACAAAUAAUCCUCAGCAAAAUUGUCUGUUAAUAUUGUACUGUCUUCAUCAAAAGUCAUGUACCUCAGCGAGAUCGUCUUCAAUCAUCAUCCAUUCGUGUCUAUCCAGUGGGAGUUGCUCCGAGAAGAAUCCGACUGCAAAGCUGUAUCACAAGACAAGGUCAGGGAAGCUGCAGAGUUGCAUUGCUCUUCAUCGGCCCCGGAAGAAAACAAAAACCGAGUCUUUGAAGCAUACAGUUUUGAAGCAGGCAUCGAUAGGGUUCUUUCUUUGAAGCAUCUCCUUAAAACCACUUAUCAAGUCUCCCCGAUGGGGAAUGGUAUUGUUACAUCGAUAACAAGUUCUAGUUCUAGCCUCAUACUCAGGCUUUCGUUCCACAGUCGUUUAUUCUGGAAAUGGCGUUAUACAGGAUCUGCUGCAACAUGGCUGCUGGAGUCCCAAAUAUAUUACAAUAACCAGACACUAAAUGGUGAUGUCCGGUUGUUGGUAUUGAAAUUUGAGGUUCCAUCCCUAAUGGAGUAGCAAUUACAAUCAUUGUCAAAAUCUGAUGAUUAUGAUUGGUAUAAUCCGUUGAUAACCUUCAGAAUUAAACACCCAUCUUAUGUAAAUAUUACUUUAAUUAUUUUCCCUGUAUCAGCUGCUGCGUUCCUGUGCAGCAUUUCUGCUUUUCCUGUACUCCUUUCAUUAUGUAUUGUUGUUAAUGUUGUUUAUUUAGAACCUUUCAAUUUCAGUGGAAUUUUGUGGUUA